AUGGAGGGGGGCAAACCGAGUCUGCCGCUCGUCUACCAGGCGGUCCAGGCCCUUCACCACGACCCGGACCCGGCCGGGAAGGAGCGAGCUUCGGUGUGGCUCGGGGAGCUCCAGACAUCGAUGUAUGCGUGGGAGAUCUCCGAUCAGCUGCUGCUGCUCAAACAGGACGUGGAGUCGUGUUACUUUGCCGCUCAGACCAUGAAGAUGAAGAUCCAGACUUCCUUCUACGAGCUUCCGCCCGAUUCCCACAAUGCCCUGCGUGACUCGCUGCUCUCUCACAUCCAGAACCUCAAAGACUUGUCGCCCAUUAUUGUGACGCAACUGGCUUUAGCCAUCGCGGAUCUCGCUCUUCAGAUGGCAUCCUGGAAAGGAUGCGUGCAUACUCUCAUCGAAAAAUACAACGGCGACAUCGGCUCCAUGCCUUUCCUCAUGGAGAUCCUGACCGUGUUGCCCGAAGAAGUCCACAGCCGCUCGCUUCGUAUCGGAGCCAAUCGGAGGACGGAGAUUAUCGAGGAUUUGGCGUAUUACUCUUCCACCGUGGUCACGCUUCUGGGCUCGUGUGUGGAAAAGACGGGUAGUAAUGAGAAGAUGCUCAUGAAAGUUUUUCGUUGUCUGGGGAGCUGGUUCAACCUGGGGGUCUUGGACAGCAACUUCAUGGCUACCAACCAGCUGCUCAUGGUCCUAUUCCAAGUCUUGCAGAGGGACGACACGUCCAGCAACCUCCACGAAGCGGCCGCCGACUGCGUGUGCUCCGCCCUCUAUGCCAUUGAGAAUGUGGAGACCAACGCCACGUUGGCGCUGCAGCUCUUCCGGGGCGUGCUGACGCUGGAGACGGCCUACCACAUGGCCGUGGCCCGCGAGGACCUGGACAAAGUUCUCAACUAUUGCAGAAUCUUCACCGAGCUGUGCGAGACCUUUUUGGAGACGACGGUCAGGACCCCGGGUCAGGGAAUGGGAGACCUGAGGACGCUGGAGCUGCUGUUGAUCUGCGCCGGACACCCCCAGUACGAGGUGGUGGAGAUCUCCUUUAACUUCUGGUACCGGCUGGGUGAAAAUCUCUACAAGAUCAACGACGUGGCCCUUCACACCGUAUUCCGCCCGUACAUUCAGAGACUUCUGCACUGCUUGGCUCGACAUUGUCAGCUGGACCCGGACCACGAAGGAAUUCCCGACGAGACGGACGACUUUGGCGAGUUCAGGAUGAGGGUUUCCGACCUGGUUAAAGACGUGAUUUUUCUCGUAGGCUCAAUGGAAUGCUUCUCCCAGUUGUAUUCCACCCUGAAAGACGGGAACCCUCCUUGGGCGGUGACCGAAGCCGUUCUCUUCAUCAUGGCCGCCAUCGCCAAAAGCGUGGACCCUGAAAACAACCCGACUCUUUUGGAGGUGUUGCAGCAAGUGGUCUUGCUUCCGGAGGCGGUACACGUGGCGGUGCGCUACACCAGCAUCGAGCUGGUCGGAGAGAUGAGCGAGGUCGUCGACCGGAACCCCCGAUUCCUCGACCCGGUGUUGAAUUACCUGAUGAAGGGUCUGAGAGAGAAACCUCUGGCCUCGGCCGCAGCCAAGGCCAUCCAUAACAUCUGCUCCGUGUGCCGAGACCACAUGACUCAGCACUUCCAGGGCCUCCUGGACAUCGCCCGCUCCCUGGAUUCCUUCGCGCUCUCCACGGAGGCCGCCGUCGGGCUGCUUAAAGGAACGGCGCUGGUCCUGGGUCGUCUUCCUCUCGACAAGAUCGCCGAGUGCCUGGGCGACUUGUGCGCCGUUCAGGUCUCCGCCCUUAAAAAGCUUCUGGCCGAAGAAUCGACAAACGGCCGAUCGGCCGAUCCCACCGUCUGGCUGGACAGACUGGCCGUCAUUUUCAGACACACGAACCCCAUCGUGGAGAACGGACAGACGCACCCUUGUCAGAAAGUCAUCCAGGAGAUCUGGCCCGUGCUGUCCGAGACGCUCAACACUCACCAGGCGGACAACCGCAUCGUGGAACGAUGCUGCCGCUGCCUCCGUUUCGCCGUGCGCUGCGUGGGAAAAGGAUCCGCCUCCUUACUCCAGCCGCUGGUCACUCAGAUGGUGAGCGUAUACCGGGUGCACCCGCACUCGUGCUUCUUGUACCUGGGCAGCAUCCUGGUGGACGAGUACGGCAUGGAGGAGGGCUGUCGCCAAGGUCUUCUGGACAUGUUGCAGGCUUUGUGCAUGCCAACCUUCCAGCUUUUGGAGCAAUCCAACGGCCUGGUCAAUCAUCCCGACACCGUGGACGACCUGUUCAGACUGGCGACCAGGUUCGUGCAGCGGAGUCCCGUCACGCUGCUCAGCAGCGGCAUUAUCGUUCACAUCAUCCAGUGCGCCAUCGCCGCCACCUCGCUGGACCACCGAGACGCCAACUGCAGCGUCAUGAAGUUUGUGCGAGACCUCGUUCACACCGGAGUGGCAAACGACCACACGGAGGACUUUGAUCUUCGGAAGCGGCUGAUCGCUCAGGCCAUGGAGCAGCACGGCCAGCAGCUGGUCACGCAGCUCAUGCACUCGUGUUGCUUCUGUUUGCCCGCGUACACGCUGCCCGACAUCGCCGAGGUCUUGUGGGAGGUCAUGACGUUCGACCGGCCGACCUUUUGUCGCUGGUUGGAGAGCGCUCUGAAGGGCUUGCCGAAGGAGACGUCGGGGGGCACGGUCACGGUCACGCACAAGCAGCUGACGGAUUUCCACAAACAAGUCACCAGUGCCGAUGAAUGUAAACAAGUUUGCUGGGCCAUCAGAGAGUUCACCAAACUAUUCCGGUAA